CAACCUUUUCCAUUCAUGUCAAUUGUCUGUUUCUUGAGUAUUACAUUUGUUUCAUGAAGUUUGUCCCUUUCCGCAUUCACCAUUUUCUUACAGCGUUGAUAGUAGCCGAGAGACACUACGUUAUAUUAAUAUCCGCUCAUAAGUCAUUUAACAAUGGUGAACAACACUUGUAGCUGCGGUCCCCUGUCUGUUUUAACAUUGAUUUAGUUUCUUAGCUUUCAUUUCAGUCACCUCUUUUAUGUCACUACAAAUUAACAAGCCCUUGUCUUUUCUUCUCCUAUAAUUGUUGACAUCGUUAUCUUUGUUUGUCCUCAAUUAUUAGUCUCACUUGAUGAUGAAGCUUAUUCUGCUAAUUUAAUAAUACUACGAUACGAAUUAAUUUGGCUUAUUCUCAAAGUAUUAUAAAUAUUCAUUAUUCCCUUUUGGAUGCUGUUCGCGCUUAAUUAUUGCCUUCCCUUUACUAUUACUCUGAUUCUAUGUUUAUCAAGAUUUGGCCUCAAAAGUUUUUGUGGUUUUUUCUUUAUCAGAAUUUAUUUAGUCAAUGGUUGCAACGGCGGCAAGGUACAGUUAUCUCGGCCGGAGAGAUAGGGAGGAGCUAGCAACUCCAUCCCAAAGACUCAUAGAGGCUUCUCUGAUUGGAGAUGUAGAAUGUGUGACAGAGAGUUUAAAGUUAGAAACAGUAGAUGUUAAUUGCAUAGGGACGGUGAGCUUGAGAGUGAAGUGCAUUGAGACUGUAAUGAGGGAAGAAGAGGCUGAUGAGCUUGAGAUCGAAUACAGAGAUUUUGUGACUGAUGUCACUCCGCUUUUUGCGGCUGCUCAUUCAGGUCACGUUGACAUUGCCAGGAGACUGCUGUCUGCCGGAGCUGAUGUAAACCAGGAGUUGUUUCGGGGCUUUGCAGCCACAGCUGCUGCUCGUGAAGGCCAUUGUACCCUUCUCGACAUGCUUCUCAAGGCGGGCACAUCUCAAUCAGCUUGUGAAGAUGCUUUACUUGAGGCUUGCCUCUGUGGGCGGGCUAAAACUGCUGAGCUGUUGAUACAGUCAGAUAUGAUUGGACCUGAUGUGGUGAAACAUGCACUGAUAUCUGCUAGCUGCAGAGGAUUUGUUGAUGUUGCAACAACCUUAAUCAAGAAUGGAGCAGACAUAAAUUGCACACAUAGAGUUCUCUUGCGCUCGUUCAAGCCUGCAUUGCAUGCUAAUGUUAGCUGCACAGCUUUGGUGGCUGCUGUUGUAAGCCGGCAAGUUUCGAUGGUUAAGUAUUUGUUGGAGGCAGGUGCAAGAACAAAUUGCCUUGCUAGGCUGGGAGCUUGGUCAUGGGACGUCUUCUCAGGUGAAGAGUUGAGGGUUGGUGCAUGCUUAGGAGAGCCAUAUGAUGGAGUUUGGUGUGCAGUUGAGUAUUAUGAAGCAAGUGGCCAAAUCUUAAACUGUUUGCUUCAGCACCAAAUUUCUUGUCUAGAACAUCAAGAACAAGGCAGAACCCUUCUUUGCCACGCAAUCCUUUGUCAGAAUCCUGAUGCUGUCGCUGUGCUCCUUACUGCUGGCGCUGAUGUUGAGUUCCGGAUAAGGACCAAAAGAGGUCAUGAAUCUCGCCCUCUUCAUUUAGCUGCUAGAGUGGGAUGUCUUCCCAUCUUAAAACAGUUAAUCUUGCAUGGUUGCCAAGUCAAUUCAAGGACAGAAACUGGUGACACAGCCCUGAUGUUGGCUGCUAAAGCUGAUCACCCCGAUUGCUUUCUUGAACUUAUUAUUUCAGGUGCUGAUUUGGGUCUAUUAAAUAAUAGCGGAGACACUGCAAUACAAUUGGCAAAAAGAAGUGCAUUUGGAUCAUCUUUGGCCAAUCUUUUCUGGCAGGUUAUUAUAACUGGAAGAAGGGUCUGCUCCACCAAUCUCGAGGUGUUCUCUUUGCUGCACUUUGUUGCUGGACUUGGAAACACAGAGCUUUUGCAGUUGAUCCUCCAGUAUUUGAAAGAAGAUAUAAAUAAGCAUGAUGGUUUAGGUUUGACACCCACUAUGGUUUCUGUAAGAGCUGGCCAUACUGAGGCCUUCAGAUUCCUGAUUGAUGCUGGAGCUGACAUGAGUAUGAAGAGCAGAGAUGGACAGGGAGUGGUUACUAUGUUGCAGCAUCAUGCCUAUGCUGGUCUUAGGACUCGGUUUGAAGAGAUUUUGCUUGAUGCUGUGCUUGGUCGUAGAUUGACUGGUCACUCUGAGUUCGGAGCUCUGCACUUUGCAGCAAGGAGUGGCAACUUGCCUGCCAUGGUUCAACUUCUGGAUAUGGGGUUCCCCAUAAAUUAUGUGGAUGACAGUGGGCUUUCACCUCUUAUGGUUGCAGCCAAGGAAGGCCAUGCAGACGCCUGCAAGCUCUUGCUGCAACGAGGUGCUGAUUGUGGGAUUGCCAAUUUUACAGGAGAGACAGCAUUAUCUUUUGCUGGCAAAAGCAAUAAAUGUAAGGCUGCAGAAAGGGUGAUAUUUGAUCAUCUAGCUCGUUCUCAUGUGCUGUCAGGGGAGGAUCUGUGGAAGCACACCCGUGAGGGGAGAGGAUCACCACACAGAAAAGUAGUUCAGAUGCUCAAAUCUGGCACGAUAACAUGGGGAAAGUCAAGUCGAAGAAACGUGGUGUGCAAAGCAGUGGCAGGGCCAAGUGAGAACUUUCUAAAGAAUAGAAAAAAGGAUAUUGAGGACAGAAACAGGAUCGUUUUUAGGGUGAUAACUGAGACACAUAGGGAAGUUCACUUUGAGGCAAGCUCUGCUGCAAAUUUGGAACUUUGGGUUCAUGGUAUUAACCUCAUCAUAAGUGAAGUUACUUCGGGUGUUAGGUGACCAGAACUUGUUAAACAAGAGUAAAGUAUGAAGUAUAAAUGUGAAUAUAGCAAUGAAGUAUAAAUGUGAACACUAUAACCAGGUUUACUAAAUUUUCGUUUUCUAUGUUUGUGAACAGAAGCCUGUAUGGUAUCUUAUGAUUUCUGUUCUUUAAAGUUGACUAUAAAUUAAUAGUUGUCAAUUAGAUGCAAAAGAAAUAUAAGCACUUUGCUGCAUUGGGUUAAUAUUUGGUGAAUGGCCGUGGGUGGCCCGUGUUUUUAAGUGAUA